CCGGGCCGGGAGCGGAGACAGACCGAGAGAAGCGUCAGAGUCCCGGGGAGCAACAUCACGGAGCCUCGGUGGAGACACGGAGCCUCACUGCAACAACCCACUUGAACUGUCAAGAUGCCCAACAAGACCAAGAAGGAGAAGGAAACAACCAAAUGUGCUAAAAGCAGCAUGAAGAACAGUAACAGCAGUGGCGGCGGAGGUGGUGGCGGUGGUGGUGUCGGCAGUGGUGGGGGAAAAGAUGCUGCUGCAGAGAACUCAGACGAGUCCCAGCAGCAGCAGAGUGGCAGUAAGCGUCCCAGUAACAGCACGCCUCCUCCCACUCAGCUCAACAAGAUCAAAUACUCUGGAGGUCCUCAGCUGGUGAAGAAGGAGCGUCGCCAGAGUUCAUCUCGCUUCAGCCUGACCAAGAAUAGAGAGCUGCAGAAGCUACCUGCACUCAAAGACUCCCCCCUGAUUGAACGCGAGGAGCUGUUUGUCCAGAAGCUGCGUCAGUGCUGCGUCCUGUUUGACUUCGUCAGCGACCCGCUCAGCGACCUCAAAUACAAGGAGGUGAAGAGGGCUGGACUCAACGAGAUGGUGGAGUACAUCACACACAACAGUGACGUGGUGACCGAGUGCAUCUACCCCGAGGCCGUCUUCAUGUUUUCAGUGAACUUGUUCCGGACUCUUCCUCCGUCCUCCAACCCGACCGGAGCUGAGUUUGAUCCUGAGGAGGAUGAACCCACGCUGGAGGCUGCCUGGCCUCACCUGCAGCUUGUCUACGAGUUCUUCCUUCGCUUCCUGGAGUCUCCAGACUUCGGGCCAAACGUCGCCAAGAAAUACAUCGACCAGAAGUUUGUAAUGUCGCUGCUGGAGCUGUUUGACAGCGAGGACCCCAGAGAGAGGGACUUCCUGAAGACCAUCCUCCACCGGAUUUACGGCAAGUUCCUCGGCCUCCGCGCCUACAUCCGCCGCCAGAUCAACAACAUCUUCUACAGGUUUAUCUAUGAGACAGAACAUCACAACGGCAUCGCUGAGCUGCUGGAGAUCCUGGGGAGCAUCAUCAACGGCUUCGCUCUGCCUCUGAAAGAAGAACACAAGAUGUUUCUGAUCCGAGUUCUGCUGCCGCUUCAUAAAGUCAAGUCUCUGAGCGUCUACCACCCACAGCUGGCCUACUGCGUGGUCCAGUUCCUUGAGAAAGACAGCAGUCUGACGGAGCCGGUGAUCAUAGGGCUGCUGAAGUUCUGGCCCAAGACUCACAGUCCGAAGGAGGUGAUGUUCCUGAAUGAGCUGGAAGAGAUCCUUGACGUCAUCGAGCCCUCCGAGUUCGUCAAAGUCCAGGAGCCGCUCUUCAGACAGCUCGCCAAGUGUGUGUCCAGCCCACACUUCCAGGUGGCAGAGAGAGCUCUGUAUUACUGGAAUAACGAGUACAUCAUGAGUCUGAUCAGUGACAACGCCGCCAAGAUCCUCCCCAUCAUGUUCCCCGCCCUCUACAAGAACUCCAAGAGCCACUGGAACAAGACGAUCCACGGGCUGAUCUACAACGCUCUGAAGCUCUUCAUGGAGAUGAACCAGAAACUGUUUGACGACUGCACGCAGCAGUACAAGGCCGAGAAACAAAAAGAGAAAUACAAGCUGAAGGAGAGAGAGGAGAUCUGGCACAAGAUAGAAGAACUGGCCCGACAGAACCCACAGGUACCUAGCAAUAAGCUUCAUCCCCUCCGCCCAGGACUCCACCCACAGGAUGAGUACAUGUUGUACAGUGAUAGUACUGUGGCUGUGUACUCGAUGGAAACGGAGACUCCAACAGCUGAAGACAUCCAGCUGCUGAAGAAGACUGUGGAGAGCGAGGCCUCACAGGGUCUGAAGGACCUGAAGAAGGACAAGGUCCUGAUGAGGAGGAAGUCGGAGCUGCCGCAGGACGUCUACACCAUCAAAGCUCUGGAGGCUCACAAGAGGGCCGAGGAGUACCUGACAGCCAAUCAGGAGGCCCUCUGACCGGGGGGAGGCGGUCCCUUCUGAGCCUGACUCUGUCCGUCUCUCUGAUUGGAGGACGUUGAAAGCUGUCGUGGUCAGAUCAGGACGGAGCUGACGCUGCGUUCAAAGAAAAAACGAAACAACAAACCUUCUCACCUCUGACCCCUGGUGGCCGAUAACAAGUAGGACACUGUGUAGACGUCUGUCCCGCGUCCUGUUUCAAACUGUGUCAGCGGUCAUGUGACGAUGACAUCACCUCCAACACCUGCAUCUGUUUUCAUCUUUACCACAAAACGUCUCCGGGUGACCUGAACGCAGCCUUGGGCA